CUUUAACUCCACCACUCCAAUUGAGAAAAUAAUUUAUUUUAUAAAAAUUCACCACUCCACAAAUUUCAUACCACGCAAAAAAAAAACAAACUCAUAAACCCUAAUCAACCACAACUUCCACCACCAACUCAAAGCUUUCAUUUUCCAAAUUAAAGAAGAAUGAGCAGAAGCAAAUCCAUAGUCAUCAAUUCCAGUUCCGAAAAUAAUAUCUCCACAGUCGCUGCCGCAGCUGUAGCUAUGAGACGUUCUGCUUCAAACGCAAGCCCCGUGAUACAUACUAAUGAUCUUAACAGAGAACCGCGGCGACCGCGGUCAUUUAAGUUUCCGGUAUCUCCCCAACUGAUACAAGGGGAAGAGAUGGUCCACUUCGGACAUCCGCAACACGUGCUUGUCAAAGUUGAACUGCCAGAUAUCUACACGUGUGCAGGGUGCAAAGAAGAAGGAGCUGGGAUUAGGUACGUGUGCCAAGAGUGUGAUUAUCAGCUCCAUGAGUUUUGUGCUUUGGCUCCUCCUCUACUUAAGUCGCAUCCUUUUCAUUACCAGCAUCAGCUUCCCUUCUUUGCCAAGCCUGCUAAAGGAGGAAUAAUGAAAUCAAAAUGCGACGUGUGUGGAAGAUCACCUAAAGGUUACACCUAUAGAUGCAAAGCUUGCAGUUUCCAGAUGCAUCCUGGCUGCGCCAUGUUAUCUCCUUCCCUCUCCUCUUCCUCUCUCCAUCGCCACCCUCUACAGCUCCUCCCCUCUUCCUCCCCUGCCAACACCACCGGCGGGUUCCUCUGCGGAGAGUGCAAGAGAGGUAAGCGAGCCGGGAGGGUUUACCGUUGCACCGUUUGUGAUUACCACUUGCAUGCCGUAUGCGCCAAGGACGCCGCCGUGAACGGCCUUCGUGAGAACGGACACAAAGGGAGGGAUAGGUCUCCAGCGGUUUUGGGAACGGCGGCGAGGUUAGCGUCGCAGGUUGUGAUUGAUUUUCUUGGUGGUAUGAUGGAAGGUCUAGGUGAAGGUGUUGGUGAAGCCAUUUUGGACGGUGUAAGUAGAGGCGGUGGUGGUGGCGGUCGCGGUGGAGGAAAUGGAGGUGUUACUGGGGUAACUCCACGUGUCAGAGGGGGCUGAGAACUUUGGAGAUAAUUAGUUAGGAGUGUUUAUAUGAAUAUGGAAAUGAUUGUAUUUUUUUUGCGGUGUUGAUUGGUAAGUACAUAUAGACUGGAGUAUUGAUGUUUAUUGGGUUGGGUGAGAGGGAGAUAUUAUAUUGAUUAAAUUUGGGGAUGAAGUAAUAAGAAUAGGAACAAUGUGUAAUGUUUAAUUAGUUUUGAUA